CACACCACAGAUACACGCUGACUUUCCAGCACACCAGAAUCAGAUGUUCUGAUCUUUAUAACAGGUUUUACUGAUUUAAAAAAAAAAUCUGAAAUCUGGAUAUACUUUUCUUUGACUGCUGGUCUCAGGAGAGGUCAUGGAUCCAAUUGUGGAAGUAGUAGCUUUGGUGCUGGGGUUCAUUGGUUGGGUGAUGGUGGGGGUCACCCUGCCGAACCGUUACUGGAGGACGUCCACCGUCGACGGGAACGUCAUCACCACGUCUACCAUCUAUGAAAACUUGUGGAUGUCGUGUGCGACGGAUUCCACCGGGGUGCAUAACUGCAGGGAGUUCCCUUCACUCCUCGCUUUGAGUGGUUACAUUCAAGCAUCUCGUGCCUUGAUGAUCACAUCGAUAGUGUUUGGCACAUUUGGACUGGUGGCGGCCCUGAUUGGAGUGCAGUGUUCGAAGGCUGGAGGAGAUAACUAUGUUCUCAAAGGGAGGAUUGCUGGCACUGCUGGAGUCCUGUUCAUACUUCAAGGUCUGUGCACAAUGGUCGCAGUGUCCUGGUACGCCUUCAACAUCACUAGGGAAUUCUUUGACCCUUUCCAUCCCGGGACAAAGUAUGAAAUAGGAGAAGCACUUUACAUCGGCUGGUGCUCCGCUGUGCUCGCCAUCACUGGAGGAGCCUGUCUCACCUGCUCCUGCAAAAUGGCCACAGAGGAAAAAUACCCGUUGCCUUAUCAAACCAGGGGAACUGUAUAUUCUGGAGCUGCACCGACCAGAAGCGUGACUGCUACUAGUACUUACGGCAGAAAUGCUUACGUUUGAACAGGAUGUGAAAAUGGAACUUUAUCACCAAAAAC